AUGCCAUACCUGCGCGCUCCAGCAACUCUACUUGGUGGACUCACACCGCGUAACGGCUCCGACCUCGUUGCCCAGUUGCCCGCUCGGGCUCUGACACCUCGCGAGAGCGCUAGUCGACUCGACACGUUCAGUGAAUGGCCCACGUCAUGCCUGCUCGCUCUGGCCCACGCUACGCGACGACUUUGUGGUGGGGUAACGUCGCGUUAUACGUGGAAUGGCAGGCUCUACGAAGCUCCUCGGCGAGGGUCGGUCGCGGAUGUGCAGAACGCGCACGCCGAAGAGACGUCGCGUUCACCGCUAUCGAAUAUAUCUAAAGCGGUCUCGCAUCCCGAACACGAUACUGGCACCCAUUAG